GCGGAAGUUCACCUUGGUAACCGAUCAUGAGCCCCUGUUGGCUCUGAAGAAAUCGAAGGAUUACUCUGGUAUGAUCGGGCGAUAGGCAACGGUGCUGCAGAACAUGGACUUUGACAUUCGUCAAGGGAAGCACGAGAGACACGGGAAUGCGGACGGGCUGACACGGCURCACCGACCUGAGAAAGUUCCGAAGAGUGAGGAAGUGAUUCCGUGGAACGAACCAGACAAGGAAGUCGGACCUCGGUACGGUCAAGUGGAGAUAUUGUCGAAGGAUCCGCAGGCAGUGGUAUUGGCAGAAGUAAUAGCAGUUCAUCGGCGAGCGGCUCCCGGAACGAGCCACGUCACCACGAUUGCGGCGUUCAGCGGUGACAUCAGUACGGUCAAUCCCCGACGGCAUAUCACGAUCUUGGCCUCGCUGCGAGAGUGGACGGAGCAGGUGUCCAACGUGUGGCAGCACGGACUUGCCCGACUAGGGCACAAUCUCAUUCCGACCUUUGCUCUGGAGCUUGGCGAGAUCCGCCGCUCCCCGUGCAAGCCGGUGACGUGGACGCAGACCAGCGAGCAUCCUGCAUGGAUCGAAAUUUUGGAGCUGCUGAUCAUACAAGCUUGGAAGACCAACGGAGAGGGCGAUCUUCUCGACUUUCUUUUUGGAUCGGUCCGGCCGGGCCGCCGCCAGUUGAUUGCGCAGGAGCUCAUCGCGCCGAUCGUCCAAUUAGCGGACGAUCUCUCGUCCGACAUCGUCUUGCAAAGUGACGACAGCCCUGCCCCGCACGUCAUCACACGGUCAUUGGACCCGUACCUUCAGUGGAGUGCGUGCUUGGAGGAACCUGGGGACGAAGAUACGUUACCGUCACGACAGGAGUAUCUGCAGUCGUACGGUAUCAUUGAUCGCGUGUUUUAUCCGAGAGAGGAGGUGGUGGUGAUUGACGACGACGAGGAAGACGACGACGAGGAAACAUCGGUAGAAGGAAGCUAUAGCGAGUAUAGUGAGGGAGAGCAGGRAGAAGAAGAAGAGGAGGGAGAAGAAACCGGAUCUGAGUGGGAAGCCCUGCCAGAGGAAGCAACGCGUACGGGCACGGAGGCGGAAGAUCCUGAGGCGGCGCGCAGGCGAGAAGAGAUCGCCACCGGAAACGCCAGCUAGAAUUCGCCAGCGGAGCAAGC